CAGCGCUCGCGCUUCUCCCACGGUCGCUGUCUUUCUCUGUCUCGGGUUGCGCUCGGCAGAUCCGUCCAGCGUCCUCGCGGUGUCCGGUCGGGCCCAGUCCCGGGGCAGCGCGGGCGCGGGCUGCCCCAUGGCCGCCAUCCGGGCGCUGCAACAGUGGUGCCGGCAGCAGUGCGAGGGCUACCGCGACGUGAGCAUCACCAACAUGACCACGUCGUUCCGCGACGGUUUGGCCUUCUGUGCCAUUCUGCACCGCCACCGGCCCGACCUCCUGGACUUUGAUGCUCUCAGGAAAGAAAACAUUUAUGAAAACAACAAAUUGGCCUUCCGUGUGGCUGAGGAGCAGCUGGGCAUCCCGGCCUUGCUAGACGCUGAGGACAUGGUGGCCCUGAAAGUGCCUGACCGGCUGAGCAUCCUGACCUAUGUGUCCCAGUACUAUAACUACUUCUGCGGCCGGUCCCCCAUUGGGGGUAUGGCUGGCAUGAAACGGCCUCCAUCGGGCUCUGAAGAGGAACCAUCUGAGAAAAAGGCCCCAGCCCAGCCAGCCUUGUCCUCCCCAGCCCGGACAGACCCUGUUGCCCAGAGGAAGGGUGGGGGCACAGAAGAGCCACUCACACAAGCUGGCCUGGUGUCGGGCAGCUCGGUGAGCAGCACCUGUGGGGUCUGUGGCAAGCAUGUGCACCUGGUGCAGCGGCACUUGGCUGAUGGGAGGCUCUACCACCGGAGCUGCUUCAGAUGUAAGCAGUGCUCCAACACGCUGCACUCAGGCGCCUAUAGAGCCACAGGGGACCCAGGGGUCUUUGUCUGCAUCAACCAUCAUCCCACAGCCACCUCUGCAAGCACCAAGAUGCCUGGUCUGACAGCCAGACAGCCAGCGGCCAGCCCCAUGGAUUCUAGUCCCCUCAGCACACAGAGGAAAGCCCAGGAGACAAAUGGGCCCCAGGCCAGGCCACCUGCCCGGGAGCCUGCCGUAGGCAACUCAACUGCCAGAGGUUUUGUUCCAGCUGCAUCUAAAGCUCCAGCCACCUCCUCCACCCACAUCCGUGUGCAGAGCCCAGCUAAGCCUGGGAUCGUGGAGAGCCCAGUGGCUUCCACCCCUGUAGAGAGCACAGCCCGCACACGUGUGACUAAUAGCUCACCAUUGGGGUGGUCAUCGCCUUCCCAGGGCAGGGUGGCACCCAGCUCCUGUCCUGUUGUGCCUCAAGGUGCCCUGGACCCUUGCCCAGCCCCCCCACCAAGCCAGGGACCCUCUCAUGGGGCUGCUCCUCAGACCAAGCUCAGUUCCAGCUCAGCAUCUCCAGGCCCAACAGACUCCCCAGCCUGGACCCCUUCUACCUCCAAGACCCAGCAGGCCCGAGAGAAGUUCUUCCAGAUACCAGGAGUGCCCCCCAGCAGCAGCCUGGCUGGCAGGGCCCUGGCUCCGGUGGGAGCUCCUGCAGACAGCAGCAGAGAGCAGGCUGUGAGCUUCCUUAGGAAGGCCCUCCCCGUGCUGGGGGCUGCCAGCACUCAGGCACCUGCCAGGCCCUCCCCAGCCACCUCCUCGGCUCCCACUUCUCUAACCCAAACCCAAGGGCCACAAGCAUGUUCCUCAGCUGGGCCAUCACAGUCAAUGUCUCCCUGGACCCUUACCCCCCGCGUGAAGACAGAGCAGCCAACCCCCCUGAGUGUGGGCAGCACCUCACAGGCAUCCACAUCGCCAGGAGGAGGAGCGGGCAGGAGGAUCUCGGCUGUGUCCUCAGGGAACAGCAGUGUGGGCGCUGGCUCCAGGCUGAAGUCAGAGCCCCUGACAGCACAGAGCCCAAGUUCCAGCCAUGAGGGAGGCCAGGAGGAUGGGCCAGCAGGAUGGAGGGCCCGCCUGAAGCCCGUGGAUAAGAAAAGCCCCGCUGAGAGGCCUCUGAAGCUCAAGGAGCCACAGACCCUGGCAGAGCCAAAGGUUGGGGAAGCCCCCAGGAAGGUCCCCAGCAGCUUCACAGGAGGCAUCCAUGUCACCCUGAUCCCUGUGCGGCCUGACAGGACACUACACCCAUCCAGCCCCAGGCCUGGCCUCUCAGCCGCAUGCCCCUCCCCAUCUCACCGCAGGAAACUGGCCAUCCCUGCCAGCCUCAACAUUUCAGAUGACUGGCUUCGGCCUGAGCCCUCUGUGCAGGAAGGCUCAGCCCAGAGCUGGAAGAAGGAGGAGAAGCCCCAUUCUCAGAGUAAACCAGGGAGGCCCUCAGGCCCGGCCAGUGUCCCUGAUCUGCCUGGCAAGGCAGUGACCUCUCUGGUCAGGUGCCCUGACUACGUCCUGCAGGAGGAGAUCCAGAGGGAGGUGCAGAGCAUCGAGAGGCAGCUGGAUGCCCUGGAACUCCAGGGUGUGGAGUUGGAGAAGCGUCUGCGGGCAGCCGAGGGAGAUGAUGCAGAGGACGGCCUCAUGGUGGACUGGUUCCAGCUUAUCCAUGAGAAACAGCUGUUGCUGCGGCAGGAGUCAGAGCUGAUGUACAAGUCCAAGGACCAGCACCUGGAGGAGCAGCAGCUGGGCCUGGAAGGCCAACUGCGCAGGUUGAUGGCCAAGCCUGAGGGUCUGAAGUCACCACAGGAGCGGCAGCGGGAGCAGGAGCUGCUGGACCAGUAUGUGAGCACUGUGAAUGACCGUAGCACCAUUGUUGACCUCCUGGACGAGGACCGGCUCAGGGAGCAAGAGGAGGACCAGGUGCUACAAGACAUGAUCCGGAAUCUGGGCCUCCAAAGGAAAAAAUCCAAGUUCCGCUUAUCCAAGAUCUGGUCCCCAAAGGGCAAAAGCGCCUCUGAGUGAGUUGCGAAGCAAGGACUGCAGGGCCGCCCUGGCCCUGCCAUUCAGACUCAGGAAAGGACUCGUGGUGUGGCCCUGGAGGGGGCACUUAGGACAGCAAGGGCCUAUGGCACCCUCUCUGGGUGCAAGACUCUCAAUAAAGAAAUUGACUGUG